AUGACCGGAUUUCGGCUCAACUUGUCUCCCCUGAAGGAGCCCCUGGGCUUUAUUAAGCUGGUAGAGUGGGACUUUAUCAUCACAGCAGUCCUGGUUUUCUUGUGGUUAGUGUGCUCAUCUGCCUGGGCAAAAGGUCUGCAGAAUGUGAAGGACGCCACGAAUACUGAAGGAAUCAGUGCCACGUUGGGCGUUUGCAAGGGCAGCAACGUUACCUGUGAGGUUACAGACUUUGCUAACAUGCGGACCCUCAACAUCUCCGUGGUGUUUGGCUACCUCAACAUGUUUGUGUGGGCGGGGAACGCCUGGUUUGUGUACAAGGAGACUCGUUGGCACUCUCAGAAGUUUUCCUCUCAACCCGGACCUGCAAGACAACAGGUCCCUGCUCCGAUCUAACAAACAAUGAACCCAGAUUCACACUCUGAACAAACGUUAACAAACAC